ACUUCAUGGUCGAUUAAUGUUGGAGAGACAUAUCUUAAAAGAAGCAAGUGGCUUAUUAUCUCGCAUGUGUCUCUUUCCACUCAGUUUCCUUCCUCAACUUGAGUUCCUUCUAUCUAGUGCUGCCUCCGCUACCAACUCUAUAUAUAUGCUUCUUCUUCCUUCCACUUUCUGAAACUUUUGCCAUUUUCCUUCUUCCAACAUACUAAACUACAAACUAAGACAAAACAAAACACCUUUUUGAGUUUUGUUCAAAGAUGGAUUGUUCAUCAUGGAUUAACACUUCCUUGGAUCUCAACAUUAACCCACGCAGAGUUCAUCAAGAACUUCCCAAGGAGGUAGAAAGCAAGCUUUUUUCUUUGGGAAUGCCCAAGUUUAACGUCGAAGAAUGUUGGGAAUCUAAAAGACCCAUCAAAGAUGAGUCUACUAGUGACUUGGAGGAGGAACUGAAGCGGGUGACAGCAGAAAACAAGAAGUUGGCUGAAAUGCUGUCGGUGGUGUGUGAGAACUACAACACUUUGCGAAGCCAUUUGAUGGAAUAUACGAGGAAAAAUGGUGAAAAAGAGACCAGCCCGACAUCAAAGAAAAGGAAGUCUGAAAGCAGCAACAACAAUAGUAUUUGUGUGAUGGGAACUAACAAUGGAAACUCCGAGAGCAGCUCCACUGAUGAAGAAUCUUGCAAGAAACCGAGGGAAGAAACCAUGAAACCAAAAAUUUCAAGAGUUUAUGUCAGGACCGAAGCAUCUGACACCACCCUUAUUGUGAAAGAUGGGUACCAGUGGAGGAAGUAUGGGCAAAAAGUGACCAGAGAUAACCCAUGUCCAAGAGCAUAUUUCAAAUGCUCUUUUGCUCCAAGCUGCCCUGUAAAAAAGAAGGUGCAAAGAAGUGUGGAUGAUCAAUCUGUUCUGGUUGCUACUUAUGAAGGGGAGCACAACCAUCCCCAAGCUUCUUCACAAAUGGAGGCAACAUCAGGUUCUGGGCGUAGUGUGACCCUUGCUUCAGUGCCUUGUGCAGCUGCCACUCCAACACUUGUUACCCUUGACUUGACAAAAUCUAAGGGCAGCAACGAUUCCAAGAGCACGAAAACUAAAGUAGAUACACCUAAAGUGCAGCAGGUUUUGGUGGAACAGAUGGCAACUUCUUUGACCACGGAUCCUAAUUUCAGAGCAGCACUUGUUGCUGCCAUCUCAGGAAGAUUGUUGCACAAUAAUUGAGUGGAAAUUUUGGUUGGUGUAGCUAAUUUAGUGUCAAUGUUUAAGUAUAUUCCAUAAAAUGGAGAUCAUUCUUUAGAGCACAGGAUCUCUCUGUGUAAAUACAACAUGGAAGGCUGAUACAUCUUUGAUCCUUCAAGUGGAAAUAAAGUUCCGCUAAGGAUAAGUAUGUUGAGCUGAUUAAACAACAGAAAGAUCAAGCUCUGCACCACCCAUCUGCCUCAUGAUGAUGGUAAAGAUUUAGCAAGCCUUUUUUGGCCAAUAUAUCUGGCCCUCCGGAUUUUGAAUCUCCUGAAGUUUAACUGUACAGACUCAAGAUCCUAGUACUACUUUUACAAUUUUAUUUCGAGAACUUGUCUUACAUGUUGAUCAAGUAUUGUAAGUGAUAGUUUGUAACUCGAAACAUUGAGGAAUGAAAAGGAAAAACUGCAUGAUUAGACUUUGGACUA